CCUCCUUCCUCCCAACCAACCGAGCAACAAGGAGGGAGCUAGACGGACACCAACCGAGCCUGGAAAUGGAGGACUUCUACUACUUCCCCAGCUCCCUGGAGACCUCUGAAAUUGUCCACAGAGGGUUCCUCCCCGUCGUGCACUCCUCCCCCCGCAACCGGAGCUCGCCGUCGCCGAGGCCCCGGCGCGGGUCCCGUGACGACGCCGGCGAGCUCGGCCACCACUACCUCGACGCCUGCUUCCGGUGCGGGCGGACAAUCGCUGGAAACAAGGACAUCUUCAUGUACAGAGGCGACACCCCGUUCUGCAGCGAGGAGUGCCGGCAGCAGCAGAUCGACACCGACGAGGCGGCGGAGAAGAGAUCCAAGAAGUCCGCGGCCGCGACGACGACGGAGCAGCAGUCGCAGCGGCAGAGCCCGCACAGAGUGCCCGUCUGGGCUCGGUAGAAGCGUCCAUGGAUCAAAUGGCCUACUGUGCUCGACACUCCUCCGUCCAUAUAGGCUUCAGGAUUGUGGAUGUAUGCGGACCGACGUGAUAUGAGCAGCUUGAGGGAGCUGGUUAUAUUCCAUAUUGGAAUACAGUUCUUGGAGGCAAAAGAAGAUCGUCUCGUCUGGAAACGCUCAUUAUAUGUGUGAUUAACAUGCUUUCUUCCUUGUGUGCGAUCCCCAUGUAGUCCAAAAUUUUGGCAUGGAAGAAAUAAGAUCACCGAGGCUCCCAUC